AUAAAUUUCUGGGAGAUCAAAAUUUACCCACCAACACAGGGAGACCAAAAUGGUUUUGCAUAAUAAAGGAAGGCUGUGAUUAGAAAGAGAGAGGAUUGAGUGUGGAAAAUUCCUUACUGUGCCAUAACAGGGAAAGAGUCUCCAAAUGAAAAGCAGACGAAACUUUGAUUCGUGGUAAAUUUGGAGUCUCUCACAAACCACAAUCGUAGUUGCCUUGUCUCUCCUGACCAAAAAUGGCGAUUUCAGCAAAGGCAGCAUUUCUUUGUUCCUUCAAUAACACCAGAGAUCUUUCAGUCGCUACGCCGUUAACUUCUACCUCCCCGUCGUCCUUCCAACUCCUCAAAGCACUUCGCUCUGUGCGGAUUGGAUUUCACCCUUUCGAUUCUAAGUCACGACGGCGUCGACCACUUGCUCCGGUUGAGGCAAAGAAGCAGACCUUCUCUUCCCUUGAUGAUCUACUGGAAGACAGUGACAAAGCUGUUUUGGUCGACUUUUACGCGACUUGGUGUGGUCCUUGCCAGUUCAUGGUUCCUAUCCUCGACGAAGUAGGUAAUGCAAUGAAGGAUAAAAUUCGCGUGGUGAAAAUUGACACUGAAAAGUAUCCUAGCAUUGCAGACAAGUACAGAAUCCAGGCACUCCCAACAUUCAUUCUUUUCAAGGAUCGGAAACCCUGUCAUCGAUUUGAGGGUGCACUAUCAGUUGAGAAUUUAAUCAAGCUUAUUGAGGGCGCGCUCAAGGAUGCAUAGUAGUUUCACUCCGUAUCUCUUGUGUCCCCUGUGCAAAAGGUUUAGUUUCCUUCCCGAGUCUGAGCAUACAUUUAUAAAACCACGGGGUUGGAAAAGAUAUAAGUAUAUUUGUUGUAUGGAGAAAAGCCUUCUCCAUGCUUGUAUUUUUUGACAUGAUAUUCAUUUGUCCAAGCUAAUCGCAUUGUUUUGGACCGUUGGUGCUGAAUCCUUUGUUAUAUUAGGCUCUCAUCUUAUGUGUUUA